GCUCAUACACACAAGUAGUAAAAUAAAAAAAAAUGGCAAACAUCUCACUCUCUACGUUCAUCUUCUCCAUCCUUUUCUUCAUCUCCACCGCGACUGCCGCCACAUUUGAGAUCCUUAACCAAUGUGGUUAUACCGUAUGGGCUGCCGCAAGCCCUGGAGGUGGCCGGCGUCUUAACUCUGGCCAGUCAUGGACGCUAAAUGUCCCAGCGGGAACAUCUAUGGCACGGAUUUGGGGUCGGACCAACUGUAACUUUGAUUCUUCGGGCCGUGGCCGAUGUGAAACUGGUGAUUGCACUGGUGGGCUUCAAUGUACCGGUUGGGGCCAGCCACCAAACACGUUGGCUGAGUAUGCUUUGAACCAAUUCAACAACUUAGACUUCUACGACAUUUCACUUGUCGAUGGAUUUAACAUUCCUAUGGAGUUUAGCCCAACAACCUCGAGUUGCCACCGGAUACUAUGUACGGCGGACAUAAAUGGACAAUGUCCGAACGUGUUAAGAGCGCCAGGUGGUUGCAACAACCCGUGCACCGUUUUUCAGACGAACCAGUACUGUUGUACGAAUGGGCAAGGAUCAUGUAGCGAUACAGAAUAUUCAAGGUUCUUCAAACAGAGGUGUCCCGAUGCCUACAGUUAUCCACAAGACGACCCGACCAGCACUUUCACUUGCACGAACACUAACUACAGGGUCGUGUUUUGUCCUAGGGCUAGACUCAGUACCCACCAGCUCCCGAUCCAGAUGGUCACAGAGGAGCAUUAAUUAUCAGACUCUUCUCUAUUGUAUGUGUGUAUGAGCGUGUACUAGUGUGUACGUAGAUAUACAUGUGUACGUAGAUAUAGAUAUAUGCGUAAGCGUGUGAUAAUGUUUACGUGAGUAUCACACUUGAUGGAUAAUAAUGAAUGCAAGAAUAAGUUGGACUCACUUCU